UAUGCAAGAAGAAGAAGAAAGGCUGAAAAACUAAUUUCGGAAAAUCAAGUAAAAACUAAACAAAAUACCAAAGAGUUACGGAAAAGAAGGCUGCCUGCCUGCCUGCCUGCCUGACUGUCACGACACUUUCUUGUGUGAACGAGCGCCAAAAAGGCCGCGCCGCCGCCGCAGCCACCCCCUCCCCGGCCCUCUGUCCUCCAUCCCCAUGUGUCCAUCCCAUCCAAUACCCAGCAUCCAUUGUACCCCAUCAGCCGACCUCCACCAUCCCAUCCCAUCCAUCGUCUCUCAAUAGAGAAAUGCUUAGAUGCGAUUUCUGCCGCAGCGCAUGCAUAAUGGAAUGAAGAAAAUUCCGUCCGUCUCAAGCGGCAGUGGCAGUGGCAGCGGUAGCGGCAGCGGCAGCACCAGCGGCAGCACAGGCAAUACAAACAACAAUCACACGCUGGGCUAGCCUGGCUGCUAGGUGCCUUGGGCAUCAGACAAAAACACGGAGACGGACACGGACACGGACACGGACACCAAUACGGUCACAAUUGCGGACACGGACACGGACUCGGACUCGGACUUGUCACAUUGCUGUUUGUGGUUUGCAUUCGGUUGCCUUGGCUGGGUUCGCUUGUAGUUGGGGGGCCUCCAAUGGGCGGCAGUGCAGCAUAGACUGAGCAAGCUCUGCAGCGACUCUUGGUCUGGCGUCUUAAAAAUAGCCCUCGGACAAAAGUGUGAUGAUUGUGGCCACCGCCUCCCGGCCGCGCUCUAUAAAGAUGCGAACAAUGGAAAGUGCCAAAUUUAUAGUGCACCCAGAAACCCACAGCAGCCAAGGAGAACUUAUUUUAUUUAAAUGAAUUUAAUUUAAUUGCCAGCAAGAGCGCACACAUCGCCCUGCUCUGGCCGCCUGCACCCGCUCGGUGGUGUGCGUCUUGGCUGUAAUCUAGAUUCGUCUGGGAUGUCCGAGCUGCCCGACCGCUGGGCGAAUGUUGACUUGGCUAACGAAUCGCUGACAGGCAGCUCUGUCCAAGGAAUGCUCCCCGGCACCUAGCUGAGGACCCACCGGGGAAGGCCAUCUGUCCCCUGGGAGAAGGGGCGGCCGCGGUCCACCCCGGCGUAUGACUGGUCCAUGCGAUCCAACCCAGAUGAAUUAUGGAACAUGUAAAUAGCACCAAUACCAGACAGCCGCACCAGCCCCUGCAGCCAAGUCACACCAAUCAGCUGAACCAGCUCAGUCAGUUCGAGCAGCUGCAGCACAAUGAGAGCCAGCAGCAGUUCUGCCUCCGGUGGCACAAUCAUCAGACCAGCCUGCUUAGCACCCUGCCGGUGUUGUUGGACCAGUCCCAUCUCACGGACGUCACCAUUUCUGCGGAGGGUCGCCAGCUUCGGGCUCACCGCGUCGUCCUGAGCGCCUGCAGCAGCUUCUUCAUGGAGAUCUUCCGGGCCCUAGAGGCGAGCAAUCACCCAGUCAUCAUCAUACCCGGAGCCAGUUUCGGGGCAAUUGCCGCCCUGCUCACUUUCAUGUACUCCGGAGAGGUGAACGUGUACGAGGAGCAGAUUCCCACGCUGCUCAAUCUGGCGGAGACUUUGGGCAUCAAGGGCCUGGCCGAUGUCCAGAAUAACAAUCUGCCGAAGACAUCGAGGACCGGAGCCACCUCCUACAUGGAAUCUUUGAACGAGAAAUCUUCAGAGUUCGAGCGUCCCAGCACGCCCUCACCGGCGCCCACGCCCACACCCACCCCCUCGCACACCCCCACUCCGAGCAUGGGCCUUCCCCUGCCGCAUCUGCCGAGUCCAGCACUGAAUACGCCCCUUCUGGCCAACAAAUUGGGAUCGGUGGGCGCGGCGGGCAUGGGCAACACUCCCCUAGAGAACCUCUUUAAGUCGCUGCAGUUCUACCCCAGCCUGCUACCCCAGCCCCUCAACUUUUCCCAAACGGCGCUGAACAAGACCACGGAGCUGCUGGCCAAGUACCAGCAGCAGUACCAGCUUUACCAGAGCGGAAUCCAGGAUGACGACGUGGACGGCUUCGGAGCAAAGCGGCUUAAAGGCAGCAGUCCUCCCAAGGAGCUGCGCAGGAUGGACAAGACCCCCGGUAAGGGCCCCAAGACCGCGGGCACCAACAGCAGCAGCAAGUCGCCAUCCGACUGCGCCAAUCCUCACCCUAUAGUGGCCACCUCGCCGGUCACCCUGGCCCCACCGGCCAUGGCACACUUCUCGCCUCAGCUACCGGUCGUGAAGUGCUCCUCCGCCAGCUACCCCACCCCCUUGACCACCGGCCACCUGUACAGCAGCAAGCCACCGCUCUACAGCGCCGCCGCCACCCCCACGCCAGCCCAGCAGGCGUCCCAGAUGCACCAUCCCCAAGGAGCACCACCCACGCCUUACAUAUCGCCGGAGGAUCACGCCAAGCUGCAGCUCCACAUCGAGCAGUACCAGCGGGAGGCGGCUGCCGCGGCAGCAGCGGCGGCCGCUGGCGGAAUGGCGUUGGUCAGCGCCAAGUCAGAGCCGAACCUGCUCUCACUGAGCGCCGACCGCGACAAGCCGCUACCGCCCGCCGCCAUCAAGCCGCCCUCCAACUCGAAGCUCUAUGCCACGUGCUUCAUCUGCCACAAGCAGCUGAGCAACCAAUACAACCUUCGCGUCCACCUGGAGACCCAUCAGAAUGUACGGUACGCAUGCAACGUCUGCUCCCACGUGUCCCGCAGCAAGGACGCCCUACGGAAGCACGUCAGCUAUCGACACCCGGGAGCGCCAUCGCCAUGCGAGAACGAGGCAAGGCGAAAGCGCGUCUCAAAGCCGGCAGGUGCAACGCCCACGGUUACGCCCCUGCAGAUGCCCAGCCACACAAUGACCAGCGGAGGGUCGGGCGGAGCAGGGGCGGGUGCGGCGAGUGCUGGUCAGGAGGGAGGCAAUCCCUACCUCUUCCUGCCGAACCAGUUUCAUAUGGCUGCAGCCGCGGCUGCUGUGGCGGUGGCCGAAUCCUCGCCAGCCUCAGGGGCGUCCCUGGACCUGGGCCAUGAGGCGCCACUGGACAUCAAGGUGGAGCGGGAGCCGCCUCCCGCCAGCAACGGAGCGGCGGCAGGCAUUGAGACGCCGGCUGCGACUACCUAAGGGAAAUAUAUUUAAAUUUGAAUUGUUCAAUUCACCGCACUCACAAGCACACAGAUACAAAGAACACGUCCGCCCACACACAAGCAACUGAAUUGGCGUUGGGAGCACACUAGGCAGCUCCUCCUGCAAUCCGACCCAUUCGCAGACACGGAUCUUCCGAAGCCUUGAUCUUGAUAACUAAUGAAAACAGCUAGUCGUCAGGAUUCCGAUUUAAAUUCUGCAGAAUUAAAUAUUCUGCACGUGAAGGCUUCAGUUCCAGUACCAGGCUUCGGCCUCUUAGCAGAGCCCCCAGCCAGUGGCCCCCAGCACCAAUGACAACCUCCUAGCCCCACCGAAACCAACGUCUUAGACCCGGCUGUGAUAAUUAGCGCAAUUCGUUUCUCACCUUCUACACACACACACUCGUGCGAGCGCCUUCUAAGCUAUCUUAAUUUAUGUAUCUAUUUCUAGCACAAAUUUAAGUUCUUAACUCACAGAGCCGAUGCUUGCCCAGAAUGCGUUGGGCGCCCAAAGGACGACGGCCCAGCCGAUCCGGGCACAUUGGGCUCCUUGCUCCUUGGGCUGUAGCACCUCCGAGGCUCUCAAUCUGCAAGCUGCAACUACCUUCCGCUUUAUCACACGCAUAAACCCACACAUUCUAGUAAAUUAAGCAACGUUUUUAUAAAUAUUGUAAUUAUACACCAGAACACGCACACACUUGCACACAAAAAGACAGGGUGAAGACCUAAAAAGCCAAAACAACAUUUUAAAUGAAAUAAAUUGUUAAGAAGCCAGAACAGUGCUCUCCUAUCGGGCGGCGGGAAUGACAAAACAACAGGACAUAUGCCAAAACUAAUAUAUUUCACUUCAUAAUACAAUAA